AUGCUUGUUAGAUUGCUAAUGAUAUGUGCGGCAUUCCGCACGGCACAACCAGACCAGUCAUCACCAAUUCAAUCCAUGGCUUCCGCAUUGCUGCGGUACUACCAACAUCCCUUCGCGUCAUCCAUGAUUGUGCGGGCGGCCACUAGUGCGGAAAGCAACCAACUAUUCCUGGACGUUCUGGAUCAAGUCAUUCUUCGACUGAACGGAACGAUAACUCUGCGGCUUGAAAUGCCACCCGAAAACCAGAUCCGGAGACCUUGCACUCGCACUGUGAUGCUCAUCGACAGCUACGAGGCAUUUCGGCAGCUGUACGCAAAUCUAACUGUGGAACGGUUCGACUUCUCCGGCCGAUAUCUGAUUUUCUGCAGUGAAAGCGUCGACGAGAAGUUCGCUCGCAAGCUCUUUACGGCCUUGUGGAACUUGCAGAUCAUCAAUGUCGUACUGAUUGGCUAUGGAAACAACGAAACCCACCUAUGGUCGUACGUUCCGUACCUGGCUGGUCAUUGCGCGAAGGUCAACCUUGUUUCGUUGGGUCCCUCCGAUGAUUACUAUCCGGAUAAAACAUUGUCGUACCACGGUUGUCCGUUCAAGGUAGGUUCAUUCGAAACCCGCCCCUUCACGAUCAUGGAUCGCCCCACGACAGGUGAACUAAGAAUGAGUGGCUUCGAAGGAGACCUGCUGGACGUCUUAAAGGAAAAGUUCAACUUCACCGCGCGCAUCUACGAACCGAAAAACGGCCAACAAUGGGGCUACGCACUUAAGCAGAAUAGCACCGGAAUGAUGGGAAUGAUCCAGACAGGGGAGGUCGACUUCGGUAUUUCGUGUUUAGGAAUUUCCGUAGCCAGAAGCGCAAUACUGAAGGCCGGAAUAGCACACUACACCACCUCUCUGGUGCUAGCAGUGCCGAAAGGUCGUCCAUACACCGCCUUCGAGAAGCUCGUUCGCCCAUUCCAAGCUAACGUAUGGUGGAUCACUGUUACUAUGGUCAUAGGUGCGGCCUUGAUCAUCGGCAGCGUUGAACUCCGCAGUCGAACAAUCAGAAACUUUGUCUACGGCCAACAAACACGCACUCCAUAUCUCAACCUGAUCCAAAUAUUCUUCGGCAUCGGAAUGCACCACAUGCCGAGAAGAAACUUCGCUCGGACGAUUCUAUUCUUCUGGAUCUAUUUCUGCUUCGUCAUGAGAUCCCUCUACCAGAGUGCACUGUUUCGUCACCUUCAGCAAGAUUCGACAUUUCCCCCUUCACGAUCCUUUGCCGAAAUCGACAAAACGGACGCUCUUUACUACGUCGUUGAAAGUGGCGAACGAUACUACGAAGCGUUCCCCGACCGUCUCCGAAGAGUUCGCCACCUGCCGCAGGAGAAGAACAACAUCAUCAACCGGCUGGAGUGGAUGACCCUGCAUCCCGGUUCGCCGGACGUGGUUCAGGGCUGCCUGGACCACAUGGCCCACCACAAUUGGCUGUUCGGUCGCAAGGGCGGCCGAGUCGACAUCUGUCCGGAGUUCAUUUCCACCUUCACGGUGGCGAUUUACUACCCGAAGAAGUCGAUGCUGACGCGACAGUUCGACCAGCAGAUCCAGCGCAUUCAGGCGUCGGGACUGAUGAGCUACUGGAUUAACCUGUACGGGGAUUACGAUUUCCGUCGGGUCGAGUCGAACGUUGGGCCCGAGCCGAGGCAGUUGAGCAACGGGCACCUGUCGGUGCUGUAUGACAUGUGCGUUGUAUUGUUGGGAUGCAGUUUGGUGGUUUUUGGGUUGGAGGUUGCUUCCCAGAGGUCUGAUUGGUUGAAGAUCGUGCUGGAUCGGCUGAGUGGUAUGGGGGACAGUAGAGAGUGA